CGACUCACGUUAAACGUAAACGCAGGAGAAACAUUACAGCAAAUGUGUUUACGUAUUUUUCUGAUGUAUAAAAUAAUUAUGGGGUUGUCGGAGGUUAUAUUGUACCGCAAAUUUUAGCGGCAAAAUUGUUUACAAUUGCGAGUGUUGACUCGCUCAUUCUGUAUGUUUUGUACAUUGUUGUCUUAAAGAUACAGCAAAGUGGACAAGACCUGAUACCGUUUGGUGCAAUGGCCGAGGAGUACAUGAGAGAACCAGAAGGAUUAGAUGGACUACCUCCUUUGUACAGCAUCAUUAAAGGAGAGGUUGCCUCUGUAACAGAAUAUGGAGCUUUUGUUAAGAUUCCAGGAUACAGGAAACAAGGUCUGGUUCAUAAGAGUGAGAUGUCUGCAUGUCGGGUGGAGAAACCGGCUGAAAUUGUUGAUGUGGGGGAGAAUGUCUGGAUAAAAGUCAUUGGCAGAGAGAUUAGAGAUGAUAAAGUCAAACUCUCUUUCUCUAUGAAAGCUGUUAAUCAAGGCACUGGGCGAGACUUAGACCCCAACAAUGUAAUGGCAGAGCAAGAUGAACGCAGACGGAGGCAGUUCAGAGAUCACAUGGGGCAAAGAAUAACCCUGGAGGCUGUGCUCAACACCACAUGCAAAAAGUGUGGCUGCACAGGUCACUUUGCCAAGGACUGCUUCUCACAGCCUGGACUGCAAUACAGUUUAGUGCCAGAAGAGGAAGAGGAGGAACCAUCUGCUCAGAACACCCAAUCACAGCCUCAAAAACGUAAAAAGGAAAAAAAGGCAAAGAAAGAAAAGAAGAAAAAGAAGGAAAGAAAGAGAGACAGCUCUUCAUCUGACAGCAGCGGCGAUGAUGCCAAGAAGCCACGGCAUUCUCACACACGUUCAGAGAAGAAAAAACACAAGAAGCACAAACACAAAACAAAAUGAUAUUUUAUGUUCAACCAGCAAAUUAUGCAUGCAUGCGUUCAUUCGAUGUAUAGGUAUGAGAUGUACAGGUGUGUGUAGCUGAUAGCAGCUUAAAUGCAUUUUGUGUUUAUAUCAAUAUUAAACUAAUGAAUUUUAAAUUUAUAUGUAGUUUGUUUUUUGCAAGAGUUUAAAAGGGUUACUCGGGAACCUUGAGUGACCCUUUACCCAGACACACACUAGACACGAGACACCAAUAAGCUCGAUUUAGAAUACAGUCACAUCACCCAGCAGACACUGGAACAUGCUUAAAUUAGAACAUUCACAUGGAACACACUUCAACAUAAAGGUAACAGUGCCAGCGUCCUUUGGGACUCUGUGGGAUUACACAAUACAGGUCACGGCACUGGAGCACCUGAUGGAAAUGUUGACAUUAUAAAGUACACACGGUUGAUUUGGAGCAAAUGUCACAUUUAUUGCAAACCAAAGAUGUAGAUGUUAACACUGAACGUAGUGGCAUAUCACACACCCAAGAAAAGCAAUCGUACAGACAUCUGGAGGUACGAAGUUGGAAUUUUAUUCUGACUUUCUGGAACGGUGCUAAAGAAAGGGUUGAAAAUGUACAUAACCAUUGACAAUAUGUCGUCAGGAUAA